AUGGCUCUACCACGUAUAAUGUACUCACACUUACGUUACAUCAUAUUACUUCAACUAUUGUUUUUCUAUCAUCUAUUUCAUUUAUUUGGGAAUUACCUAUAUACCACUAGCAAGCGCAUCUAUGCAGCAUUGAGGGUUCUAUUACCAUUUACGACAUCGUACUUGUGCGAAACAGGCUUUUCUGCAGCUGCAGUAAUAGAAAACAAGUACAGAUCGAAAAUAAAUGUAGAAAAAGAGAUGAGAGUGGGAAUUUCAAAACUUGAGCUACGUUUUGAGAAGCCAUGCUCAGAAAAGCAAGCACAUCCUUCUCAUUAG